AUGUGGGCAGUUCGGCCGCGGGAGCGCGUGGGGAUUUUGCUCUUCCCUGCGAUGAUAGCCAUGGUCUGCUAUGCCAAGAGCCUGAAUGAGCCCAGCAACAUGUCCUACGUGAAAGAGACCGUGGACAAAUUGCUCAAAGGAUACGACAUUCGCCUGAGGCCGGACUUCGGAGGCUCUCCCGUUGACGUUGGCAUGAGAAUCGAGAUUGCCAGUAUAGAUAUGGUCUCGGAAGUCAACAUGGACUACACACUCACUAUGUAUUUCCAGCAGUCCUGGAGGGAUAAAAGACUAUCAUACUCUGGAAUACCUUUGAAUCUGACGUUAGAUAACAGAGUGGCUGACUAUCUCUGGGUACCAGAUACAUACUUCCUGAACGACAAGAAGUCCUUUGUUCAUGGAGUUACUGUGAAAAAUCGAAUGAUUCGGUUACAUCCGGAUGGAACUGUUCUUUACGGUUUGCGGAUCACUACCACGGCUGCCUGCAUGAUGGAUUUACGCAGGUACCCUCUGGAUGAACAAAACUGCACGCUGGAAAUUGAAAGCUAUGGAUACACAACGGAUGAUAUUGAGUUCUACUGGAAUGGAGGGGAAUCUGCUGUAAGUGGAGUUAAUAAAAUUGAGCUCCCUCAGUUCUCAAUUAUCGACUACAAGAUGAUCUCAAAAAGAGUAGAGUUUGCAACGGGGGCAUACCCUCGGCUGUCACUGAGCUUUCGACUUAAAAGAAAUAUCGGCUACUUCAUUUUGCAAACCUACAUGCCUUCUACUCUGAUUACGAUUCUGUCGUGGGUAUCUUUCUGGAUCAACUAUGAUGCAUCUGCUGCACGAGUUGCACUAGGGAUCACCACUGUGCUGACUAUGACCACCAUCAGCACUCAUCUCAGGGAGACACUGCCAAAGAUUCCCUAUGUGAAGGCAAUUGACAUCUACCUAAUGGGGUGCUUCGUGUUUGUGUUCCUUGCCUUGUUGGAAUACGCAUUUGUAAACUACACCUUCUUCGGCAAAGGCCCACAGCAUCAGAAGAAAGCAGCUGAGAAGGCCAGCAGCGACAAGAGGAAACUGGAGAUGAAUAAAGUUCAGAUUGACGCCCGUGGGAAUAUUCUUCUUACUACCCUGGAAAUGAGAAAUGAAGUCAGCAGCGCCAAUGUGCUGGCAACUUUGAAUGACCCGAGAGCUACCAUGUACUCCUACGACAGCGCCAGCAUCCAUUACAGGAGGCCUGCCACCACAAGGGACCUCUACAGCAGGAGCACUUUGGAUAGACAGACAACCCAUCAAAAGGGACGCCUACGGAGAAGAGCGUCACAGCUCAAGGUCAAAAUCCCAGAUUUGACUGAUGUCAAUUCCAUAGACAAGUGGUCCAGGAUGGUGUUUCCUAUCACGUUUAUCCUUUUCAAUGUGGUCUACUGGCUUUAUUAUGUGCACUGA